AUGUCCAUAGCAGAUGCUGAAAAGCUGAUCAAGUCUGCUGAAAAGAGUGCCAAGAAAGGUCUCUUUUCGAAGCCAAAUCCAGAUGCUGCACUAUCUGACUAUAGAGAGGCAGGAAAGAUAUUCAAGCAGUUGGGUGCCAUGGACCGGGCACAGAUUGCUUUCACCCGAGCAGCAGAGUCUGCCGUCAGUGCUAAAAUGGAGCAGCCUGCUGCCGUGCUAUAUAGAGAGGCUGCAGAGUGUGCGAGACAACAGCUUGGAGUGGGAAGUGUUAAAAAGGCUGACGUGGCAUCUUUGCAUCGGAGAUGUGCGGAAUACAUGUGUCUCGCUGGCAAGUUUCUAGAGGCGGCGCGAGAGUACGUCAAUAUGUGCAAAUAUCUUGACAGUACUAAGGAUGUCGACUCGACAAUGAAGCAAGCCCUUGCGUUGUUUGAACAGGAAAAAAGACCGAUGCAGGCAUGUAGCACAAUAAUGGAGCUUAUAGAUGCCAUCUGUUUGGAUAAGACACAACUAGGCAAUGUACUCCAGCUUGUUGAGAAGGCCACGGAAAUGUACCGUUCCAUGGCCGGCUAUGGAUUUAAAGUAGACAUGCUCACGCUCUUCCACAUAGUACUUCUUCUUACUGCUGAUGACCCCGAAAGAGCAAGAGAACAAUUGCUAAGAUUUGACAGUUUCAAAGAUUCGGCAGCCAUGGCGGAGGACAUUAUAAAUGCGUAUGAGAGUGGAGACAAGGAGGCCAUGGACACCGCGAGAAGCAACAAUGGUGCCCGCAUCACCUUGACCAACAACAUGCUCCGCGUCCUCGACCAGCUAGUGCCAUCUGAAAAGACAGAUGCCGAGAAGUACCUUUGA